AUGGAGGAUACCGAGCGACGACCCAAGCGGUCUCGUUUCGACCAGACCGAGCCUGAGCCCAAGCGAGCCUCGAGAUUCGACAGACGCUCUCGAUCCCCGCCCACGCGCCGCUCCGAGGGAAGAGAGCGCAGUCCCCUUCCCAGAGAGGACUCUUCUGAGACAAAGAAGUCCCCGGUGGACGCUGCUGCCGCCGCUGCCGCUGCCGCUGCCAAGAUCAACGCCCAGCUGCAAGCCCGAAAGGCUCCUCAGCAUGUCGACGUCCCCCCGAUCAAAUCCGCAGGCGGAAGCUCUGCCGAUGGCGGUGACCAGGAGAUGAAGAAAGAGAUGUAUGUUGCCGAUGGCGACUUCAUCCAGGACAUCGAGGUCAACGAUCUGCGCAAUCGCUACCUGUUGACCAAGGGCUCGACCCAGGAAAUGAGGAGUGAUGUUGACUCAGAAUCCGCAGACGUUACGACCCGUGGCAGCUAUUACCCUAACAAGAGCAUGGCCACCGCGGCGAACCCUCCCCUGUACCUCCAUAUUACGAGUACAACCAAGGCUGGUCUUGAAGCCGCCGUGGAAAAGAUCAAUGAGCUCAUCAAGCAAGAACUUCCUCAACUGGUCGACGAGCGUCGAUUCCGACGUCGAGAUCAGGAGCCUCAGCCGCCAGUUGAGCGAGACGAAUAUGGACGACGGAAAUGGCCCGAAGAGAAGAUCCCCAUCGAUCUUGAGCCAGUCCAUGGGUUCAACCUGCGAGCUCAGGUAGUCGGCCACGGCGGCGCCUAUGUGAAGCACAUCCAGCAAGAAACUGGAUGUCGUGUCCAGAUCAAAGGCCGCGGCUCGGGCUACCUCGAAGCAGCCACUAACCACGAGAGCGAUGAGCCCAUGUUCCUUCAUGUCACCGGACCUGACCCAAACAUGGUUGCCAAGGCCAAGGAGCUUUGCGAAGACCUGAUUGCCAAUGUCAAGGAACAGUAUGAAGAGUUCAAGGCCCGUCCUCCUCGCUACAAUAAUGAUCGUGGCGGAUAUGGCGAUCACCACCACCGCGGAUCCCACGACAGGCAUGGCGGAUCUCACCACAACUCCUAUUCUUCGUACAAUAACAGAUACGGUUCCGAACCUCGCGCAUCCAACAGCCCUGCUCCGGUAGCCACUCCCGUGGCAAAUGCUGCCGACUAUGCCGCUCAAUAUGCUCAAUAUUACAACGGCGCCGAUCCCUAUGCUGCCUGGGGAGGAUAUGCUAACUAUGUCGCUCUGUAUCAACAAUACUACGGAGCUCAGACUCAAGCUCCAGGUCAGAGCUCACAUGUUGCAGCAGCCCCCGGUCAAGCCGCUCCGCCGCCGCCGCCUCCUCCUGCCGAAGCGGCUCCUCCUCCGCCCCCUCCCCCAAGCUCUGCCCCCCCUCCUCCGCCGCCAUCCGGACCGCCCCCUCCCGGCGGGAGCUUCAGCGCUGUAAGUAGACUCAUCCCAUUCCAUGAACCUCCGAGAUACAGCGCAGCCAAAGGAGAAAUGUCCCACCAGGCGUACCCUCACCACGAUCCUAUCAAGGAGCCGCAUUCGGUUUCCGUCAAAGUGCUUAGGCUCUCCCAACCAUCGCUGGUGACGCAGUACCCGAUCGAUCCUCCGUUCUCUCCUCCCAACGCCAAAUCGCAGCCAGCGCCCGCCUCGCUCGCUUACGCCCCCUCCAGCACGAACCCGGAUCCUUUCCUGCUCAGCCCGAUCCUCAACCUGCCGGUAUCCUUUGGCUCGGCCUACGUGGGGGAGACCUUCAGCUGCACCCUCUGCGCGAACAACGACCUGCCCCCCGAUGCGGCGAAGCGCAUACGCGAUGUCCGCAUCGAAGCCGAGAUGAAGACCCCUGGCCUGGGAGGCACGCAGAAGCUCGAGCUCGGGCCCGCGAACAUGCACGACGGCGCAGGCGGAGGGGGCGUAGAUCUCGAGCCGGGAGGCACGCUGCAGAAGAUUGUUGGAUUCGACCUCAAGGAGGAGGGGAACCAUGUGCUGGCCGUGACGGUGAGCUACUACGAGGCUACGGAGACGAGUGGGCGGACGCGGACGUUUAGAAAGCUCUAUCAGUUCAUAUGCAAGGCGUCCUUGAUCGUGCGGACCAAGGUCAGCGGCCUGGACGCGGACACGAGCAGCAGCAGCAGCAGCGCCAGAAGAUGGAUCCUCGAGGCGCAGCUGGAGAACUGUAGCGAGGAUGUGAUGCAGCUGGAGAAGGUGGUGCUGGACGUGGAGGCCGGGCUGGGCUAUCACGAUUGCAACUGGGCUUCGGACGGGGACCAGAAGCCGGUGUUGCACCCGGGCGAGAUCGAGCAGGUGUGCUUCCUGGUGCACGAGAAGGGCGCAGACAGCGGCAUCAGGAUGACGGCAGAUGGCCGGAUCAUCUUUGGCGUGUUGGGAAUUGGAUGGCGAGGCGAGAUGGGCUGUCGUGGAUUUCUAUCGACGGGCAAGCUUGGUGCUCGGAUUCCCGUUCGCUGA